CGAGUUGUCAGUGCUCAGGAAGAUGGCAGGGGUGUUUGAGGUGGAGGUUGACGGCGUAGAGCACGACCACGGACAUGGACAUGGACAUCGCGACGACGGCGCUCAGAUUGAUUUGUCCCAGCUCUCACCAGAGGAGAAGUGGAGAUUGGAACAUGCUAAAAUGCAUGCCAAACACAAAGGGCAUGAGGCCAUGCAUGCAGAGAUGGUUCUCAUUCUCAUCGUCACACUCGUCGUUGCCCAACUUGUCCUGGUUCAAUGGAAACAGAGACACCCCAAAUCAUACAAUUUGGUAACGCUCUUCCAGAUGUGGGUGGUUCCUCUGUAUUUCACCACUAAGCUACACUGGUGGAGGUUUCUAGUGACGUGGUUCAUCUUCUCUGUUGUCACGGCCUUCAUCAGUUUUCGUGCUACCCGUAAACCACUGGACUGCACGACACCAAGGCUGGUGUAUAAGUGGUUUCUCCUUUUAUAUAAGAUCAGCUACACCACAGGAAUUGUGGGCUAUGCUGUUGUUAUGUUCACUCUUUUUGGCAUCAAUCUCAUAUUUAGGAUAAAGCCAGAAGAUGCCAUGGAUUUUGGUGUAUCUCUUCUCUUUUAUGGCCUGUACUACGGUGUGUUGGGUCGGGAUUUUGCUGAGAUGUGUGCAGAUUUUAUGGCAUCCACAGUCGGGUAUUACAGUGCAUCUGGAAUGCCCACCAAGCAUCUGUCAGACAGCAUCUGUGCCGUGUGCGGUCAGCAGAUCCUGGUGGAUGUGAGUGAAGAGGGAAUCAUCGAGAACACCUACAGACUCUCCUGCAACCAUGUAUUUCAUGAGUUUUGCAUACGAGGCUGGUGCAUUGUGGGUAAGAAACAGACGUGUCCGUACUGCAAAGAGAAGGUUGACCUCAAGAGGAUGUUCAGCAACCCAUGGGAGAGACCACACGUCAUGUACGGGCAGCUGCUGGACUGGCUCCGCUACCUCGUGGCGUGGCAGCCCGUCAUCAUCGGACUGGUACAGGGCAUCAAUUACAUCCUGGGUUUGGAAUAACUACAGCGGCCCGUGCAAAGGGACUAGCAUAUCUGAUUCAAACUACGGCGAAAACUACGGUUUGAUUCCAAGGACGCUGGGACUUUUUUAAGGACUGUGUGUCCGAGGAGUUACGUACUGUGUAUAGACACAAGGCGUGCUAAUAUGUCUUCACGUGAAAUUUUACUAGCAGUCUGACCUCAGAUAUUUUCGUUUGAUUAUCUUCGUUUAUGGACUACAUGAAGCUUGGACCUUGUUGUUGAAUCACCUGGUCUUCAUUUUUGUAAAGAAAAAUCGAUUUAGUGUAUUUUUAAAUCAAAUAUUUGUCCAUACGUUUUUUGUUUGUUAACCAACAUCCAUGUAAUUGUUUCCCCCACACUGUUGAUUCAUUUUAUUUUCAUUUUGCAUGUCAGACGCUCUGGUUAUUCGAAGGACGGGGAAGCCUUUGAAUGUGUGUGAGUGUGUGUGUAUGUGAGAUGAGAUGUCUUCUAAUCAGUAAAUGAGCAGUGUGAGAGACGGCUUCAGCCUCA